AUGAUUAGUUUAUUUGCAUCCUAUCGCAGAGAGAAGGCGAAAGUAAAGAACCACCUAGGAACCGGAAAAGAUAAUAGCAGGUGGGAGACAAUAGCCGCUGCUCAUAGAAUAUUUGUGGCACGAGAUGUUACGACAUUGCCACACUUCUCAGACGUCAUAGGCACCUCCCACCCCGCUCACGUAGCGCCGUUACAAUCGGCAGUUUGGUUUGGAAGUAAGAAGUGCAAACACGUUUUCGUACCUGGAAAAGAAUGCCCUUCAACUAUAGAAAAAAACAAACAACUAGAAAGAGAAGCAAUUUAGAUCUGUCAGUAAUAAAAAAUGCUUUAGGUGACAUUGAUCAAGGAAAGUCUAUCCGAGGUGUUGCUUUGGAAUAUGGAAUUGACAGAAAUACCUUAAGAAAUUAUUUAAGAGACAGGUCUAAAUUGACUAAAAUAAGUGAACAAGGAAGCCAGUUUAAAACAUCUAUGAUAUUUACAGUCGAAGAAGAGAAGGCGCUUGUUGAAUAUCUUAUAGCUUGCAGCAAAAUGAAUUAUGGAUUAACCAGACAGGCGACUAUGCAGCUAGCAUAUGAAUAUGCAACAAUGAAUUCCAAAAAGGUUCCAGAUUGUUGGACUUCCAACAACUGCGCAGGAAAAGAUUGGUUCCGGGGAUUUAUGACAAGAAACCCUGAACUAAGUUUGAGAACCCCAGAAGCCACCAGUUUAUCCAGAUCAACCAGCUUCAAUAGAAAAAACGUUACUGAUUUCUUCGAGAACCUCAAAGAAGUUAGAGAAAAAUACCAAUUUGAAGCACAUAACAUCUAUAAAUGUGAUGAAACAGGGUGUACGACUGUACAAGAGUGUCCCAAAGUAAUAGCGAGCAAGCAUAUGCGUCAAGUAGGACAAGUUACUUCAGCUGAACGCGGCAGCCUUGUGACCGUUUGCUUCGCUGUGAACGCUCUGGGAAAUGUUCUUCCUCCAUUUUUCAUUUUCCCUAGGGUUAGAUACAAC